CUGCUUCAGCAACUUAUACUCCAUGCAUUAAAAAUGGCACAUCCGUCUGAAUCUCUAAAUUCUAACUCUGAAAAAAGCCUUUCUUCUGAUUGCGGCCUUUGGGGCGGAAACGAGUCCCAUCGGGUUCCCAAGCGCCAUAUUAACGACACCACCCAAUACUUAAAACUCAUCAGUCAAUUACCAUCUCUCACUCUCUCUCUCUGGUGCGAGAGUAGGAUAAAGGACAAGAUCAUCGAUUUCUUAUCUUCGCCGGCACUUUUUUCCUCCGAUCUGUUGUUUACAGCUAUGGUUCUGGACGGAAUAAUAACUUCGCCUCACCGGAGAUCACAGACUGCAUUUUCUUCACCUUCAUUUAAAAAGCAAUACACAAAGGAGGAUGAAUUGGGUAGCUUCUCAACAGUCAUCAGGCGUCAUCGUUACCUACUAACCGCUCUUGUACUUCUUGCUGUCCUUUGCACCAUUUAUCUUUAUUUUGCCGUUACUUUAGGGGCAGGGGACGUCUGUUAUGGCUUGAACCCGACUCAAAAGGCAUUAUGUCGUGUCCAACUAGCCAAAGAAUCAAUCGCCAAACGGAAACUAAAAUUAUGAUUUGCAGAACAAAACCAUGACCCAACCCGAAAAGAGACAACAUUGUGUCCUUUAUAUCCCUUUUCAUUUCUCUCUGCUUCUCAGUUGUAUGAUAAUUGUGAUAUCUUGACAAUACAGUAUACUUAUAAUAUUCUUUUUUA